AUGGUCGAACCCGUCACUAAUAUUUCUUUUCUCUUCGUUCUAGGUCCGAGGACGAGGCGGCCGAAGAAACCCGGAACGAAAACCACGGGUACCACCGUGCCGGAAGAAAAGCGACCCCGGACCGCCUUCUCCGGCGCCCAGCUGGCCAGACUCAAGCACGAGUUCGCCGAGAACCGCUACCUCACCGAACGGAGAAGGCAGCAGCUGAGCGCUGAGCUGGGUCUCAACGAGGCCCAGAUCAAGAUCUGGUUCCAGAACAAGCGCGCCAAGAUCAAGAAGGCCUCCGGACAGAAGAAUCCCCUGGCGCUCCAACUGAUGGCCCAAGGCUUGUACAACCAUUCGACCGUCCCCCUCACCAAGGAGGAGGAGGAGUUGCAGGAGAUGCACUCCACCAAGCCUACCUCAUAGGGCUAGGGGAGGUCGU